AUGGACAUUAACACAGGAUGUAGUACGUCAGGUACUCAGGAAGUGGCCGGCGACGGUAGAUCUAUUCGCGACGAGACUAAACCAUCGUCUGCCGAUAUAUUUCUCCCCGGUAGUGGAUCCGAUGUCAAUAGGAACAGAUGCAAUGCUACAAAGCUGGGAUCACAUGCAGGCUUAUGCGUUCCCACCCUUCGGUCUCAUCCAUCGAGUUAUCAGGAAACUGAGGGAGAGCGACAAGGUGAGUUUGACACUGAUAGCUCCUUUCUGGACACAACGCCCAUGGUUCCCGGAACUGUUGGAGCUCAUCAUAGAUAUUCCCAUGCUCCUUCCUAUUCGGAAGGAUCUACUCAAACAACCACACUUCCACCACUACCAUCAGAACCCUCGCAUGCUAAACCUAGCUGCUUGGAGACUGUCGAGCGAGCAGCAAGAAAAACCGGACUAUCUAAAGAAGUGGCUAAGCAGCUUUCCUUUAACUUAAGGAAAUCAACACGGAAACUGUACCAAGUCAGAUGGACUAUUUACAGGGGAUGGUGUCGGAAAGAGGGUCAUUCUAUUUCUAGACCUUCAAUUCCUAAAAUAGCAGACUUCCUUUUAUUUCUUAGGAAAGUCAAGAGACUUUCACACUCGGCGAUAGCAGGCUACCGCUCGAUGCUCAGUAAUACUUUUAAAUUUCACCUUCCAGAGAUCUCAACGAGUAGGUGUAUUCAUGAUCUAAUACGAUCCUUUAAGAUUGAAAGACCAGGAUUACCGAAUCGAGCACCACCAUGGGAUUUGUCGGUAGUGCUUCGUUUUCUAAGUUCCCCAGAGUUCGAACCAAUCGAGAAUCUGACAUUAAGACAGUUAACAAAGAAAGUUCUCUUCCUUACUGCAUUAGCAACAGCGAAGAGAGUGAGUGAGCUGCAAGCAGUAUCCAGGCUCGUUUCGUACAAAGGAGACGAUAUUUUCUUGUCUUUUCUGCCGGAAUUCGUGGCGAAGACAGAGUCGGAGGCGAACACACUGCCAAGGUCAUUCAGGGUAUUGGCCUUGAGAGAUUUCGUCAAUGGAGACCCGGAAGAGAUGCGAUUAUGCCCGGUGCGAGCGCUAAGAGUAUAUUUAUCCCGGGUAGAGAAACUUCGCCCUCGCCCGCGGACACUUUUUAUAUCUCCUCGGAAUCCUUCACGGCCGAUCUCGAAAAAUGCGAUUAGCUUCUUCCUAAGAGAGGUAAUAUCACAGGCUCAUGCGGGUUCGCAUUCGGUAAAUACAAAUCCAAUACUACCGCGAGCGCAUAGUAUUAGGGGGAUGGCUACAUCAUCUUCCUUUCUCAGAAACUACUCGGUGUCUUCAAUUCUAGAGGCGGCUUCUUGGAAGUCUGUUUCAGUAUUUACAUCGUUCUAUUUAAGAGACGUUCAGUUUGCUUCAUCGGAAGGCUACUCGUUAAGCCCGUUCGUAGCGGCGAACACCAAGAACACUAUUAUAUAG